AUGGCCUUGAGGUCCACGGAUCAUCGUGGUCUCGGGAAGAACGCAUGGGCAGCGGUCGUGGGACCGGCAGCUUCGUGGGACCGGCAGCUUCGUGGGACCGGCAGCUUCGUGGGACCGGCAGCUUCGUGGGACCGGCAGCUUCGUGGCACCAGAGCGCCAGCUCGGGUCGUGGCAACGUCCCGACACGACGCACACGCGCAGCAAGUGGCUCGCCGCAGGAGACGGUCUGCGUGGAGGCCACAGGAUGGCUGGUGGCAUGGCAUCAUGGCAUCACGCGGUAGAACGUACCACCAGCCGCCACCACGCUCAACGGCGGAGCUGGGAUCAUCGUGGUGCCGUCACCGACUACAUAUAAUAGCUGCCAAGGCUGCUCGUGCCCGCGUUCCGGUGCCGGAGGCCUACACCAUGCUGCUGGCCGCCGGAGUCUGGACCCUUGCGGGCAAUGCACGCCGGCCGCACGGAAUCUCUCACGGGCAUCGAGCAAAGACGUGCAUGCCUCAAAUUCUCGUACACAGGACGCGGCGUACGUACAGGAUGCAUGCAGCAGACGAAACGCAGCAGCCCGAGACGGGCCAUCGACGUCAUACGCGGCCGUCCGUCCGUGUGACCAACGGGGCUCCCAUCCGACCCGACACGCCGUUUCAGACCGGACGAGAACGGCCCGUGCGCCCGCCUGCUGAUGCCAGUCGUGGGUUUGUCGCGGUGGCCGCGGCGCGUGGUGGCCGAAGACCACAAUCGCGCACAUCAAACGAGGGCUGA